AUGAGAGCUGGUCGCUUCUUUCUAAAAACUGCCUCAACUUUAUCUCCAGUCACUGCGGUCAACCUCAUUCGACUGAGAAAAAGCCACCCAUCCACUCAUUUCAUCAUCCCAAAUCUAUGCCGUCAAUCACGCACGCAAACUCCGCAGCGUAUGAGGAUCCCCUCGAGUUCGACGAUCCACCGACACGUUACUCCUCCACCCUCCACCCUUCGCCUAACUGCCUGCUUCCUUUUGCAUUUACAGCUUCGACUCGACGCUUGUAUCAAUAUGGAUCACAGAACCUCCAAGUUUCUAUGGGGAGUUUUGUGGGUUAUUUUCUGCGUCAGCGGCGUCGAUACAUUCUCCUGGGGCAGCAACGGAGACAGAUCGAACUUCCCUCGGUCCUUGGUAGAGCGCAUCGUGAACCCCACGGUUGCGGCCCGGGACAAGUCGCGUCUACCGACUGUCUUCGACGUCGCUAUGCAAGAGCUUCAAGAUCUUGAGUCCGAACCAUUGUGCCAUCGUAUCGCCGCCCGACUACUGGUUAACAAUUGUCAGCUACUCGACGGGAAAGACGAUGCUACCGUCCUCAUCGAUAGCGGUAGAAAGAUUCGUGACUUUGUCGACUCUUAUGCAGCCAGUCUUGCCAUUUGCGACCUCGAAAGAGGCAGUUUUGUCAUCCCCUCCGGCUGUACGCCGUUCCGAGAGUACUCUUUGGUCAGUCUCCCUGACUCGACAAUCCCUCGACUUCACGUUUCCCCUCAACAGAUCGACUCGUGUCUUUCGGGGCUGGCCAAGUCAGACUCGGCAUGGAAUACUUGGGUCAGCUAUCGCCACAAGGCUUUGAGGUUCUGCGAGGCUGCUCGCGCAGAUAACGACAAAGCCCAGAGUAUUCGCCUGCACCAGCGGCUCACAGAAGUUCUGUUCAAGCUCUCUGAGGGGGUUGAGCGUGAACUUGAGGCUCGAUUCGAUACCAUCAACGCGCGAGCGACAGAGACGACAGAACGGCUAGAAAAAAUGAUCCCUGACAUUGACCGGCUGCGAAACACGCUUCAAGACUUGGACCACACGAUUUCUCAGAAUGUGAUGCAGAUGGCCCAUGCAUCAAACUCUGCGAUGAGAAGCGGUCUUGAGGAUGCUCAAACCCUCCAACAGUUGCUGAGUGUUCUUCUCAAAACACUCUUGAGCAACAAUGCCGAAGUUGCAGCGUCCCAAAAGGUGGCACUAAAAAACUUCAAGGACCAUGCUGAGCUCGAAGUUGCCGUUGUCAUGUCCGCGCUCGCAACAGCUGCAGCGUCGUCUGUUUCCCUACAGAGUCAGAUGGAACUGUCAACCCUUCGAUUAACAGAACUGGCAGGUCGACAAGAUCACCUAGAGAAAGCCAAUGUCACAGAAGACUUGUCGUCAAAGUACGAGUCCCAUACCGAUAAUCUAGAUCUGGCCCAGAGAUUGUCAGGCAGUCUAUUGGAGACACUAGACGAUUUGGUGAUCUCGACGUCUGACGUUCGUGGCUCUCUCAGCCAUCGAUCUAGCUGGACAAGCUGGCUGCCGUACCUCAUGUGUCCGGCUGCAUCUCUACUCAUGGGAUCGUACGGUCUACCGCCAUCCGCCGUUAGGAACUUUGGACUUAUAGUGCUAGGCGAACUCGCCGGCCUCGUCGUAUCUUACGUCAGAGACCAUUCUCCGAGCGUUCUUGAUAUUCCUCGAUCUGGAAUCCCACUACACUGCGAUGCAAACGUCACACUUGCUUCCACUCUGGCUGAAGCUCGCCGUUCUCGAGACUUGCCAAUGAAUUUACGCAAGAGCCGGUGGUUAAAAUGA